GUACAUGAGAUCGACAUGAUCAGGGUGUGGUCGGGAUGGUGGAGUCGGGUUACAACUGAUCGACCAAUUAUCGAUUCUUUUGUGUAACAACGGCAAGCCCCAAAGCAGAUGGACUUGCACCCUUCAUGUAUGUCGAGGAAUGGGGGGAGAAUACAUGAUAAAGGUACAACUGGUUGAUGGGCGCUUUGACAGCGGUCAAUAUUAUUAAGGGUCCACAACUGAUUGCCCAAAUAUUGAUCUUUUUUUUUGUUUCCGCUCGAAACCUCUUUCUGAGUCGAGCGACUCAACACUCCAUGGACGAUGGGGAGGAGUUUCGAAGCGACCCAGAGACCAAUAGGAACCAUGGAGGAUCGAUGAUCUCCAUGAUAAUCUCUGAAUCACACCAUAACACUGUCCCCAGCGAUGGGAUGGAGCCUGAGGAGGAGAGGGAGUGCUCCGUCCAGUCUUAUACAUCGGAAAGAGAUUGGGAAAUGUUCUUUGUCGAGGAGAACGGGAGGGAAUUCAACAGGCUGAAUCGCGUGUACCCUCUCCCAGCCGAUGUUGAGGAAUGGGGGAGACUCGCGGACCUUCACACGGUCCUAAAGCUCUGCUUGGGUAGCCUGUACCAGGCCGCUACAAUAGUCGACCACGUUCUCGCAGCCAAAGAGGGCGAGAAGAAACGGAUUCUGGAUUGUGGUUGUGGAGGUGGAGAAUGGGCGAUUGAAAUGGCAAAGAAAUUCCCUCACGCAGAGGUCAUAGGCGUCGAUCUCGCUCCCGGACCCAUCAGAGAUCUGAUCCCUGACAAUUGUCGAUUUGAGUUUGAGGACCUUAAUGAGGAAUUGAGCCAUUUCUAUGGGAAGUUUGAUGUAGUCCAUGCCAGGUCAUGCUUCCUUGGGAUCAACAAUUAUCGAUGCUUCCUGGACAGAUUGGUACGAUUCCUCAAGCCAGGCGGUAUACUACUUUUGGCUGAGAGCCCACUUUGGUUGGCGGUGCCGGAGCCGGGUCUAGCAACCGAUGGCGAAAAUCUCGAAGGGCAGUUAAUGCAGAUGUUUCGGUGGGUGGAAGAUAUCCUCCAACGAAAUGGCUCAGAUAUUAGAGGCAUCAACAACCUACGAACGUUAGUGGAGGAGCAUCCUCAACUGGAAAAUGAAGAGUUUCUUGUUAUGACCGUUCCAGUCGGCCCGUGGAUGACAGGAAGGGACGAGUAUAUUGGGGGACUUAUGCGGGAGAAUGUCAUGAAAUUAGCACAUGCGCUGGGCCCCGCCCUCCUCAAAGCUGGGCAUUCUCUACCAACGAUCAAUGGAUGGAUUGAAUCAGUCGAGGGAGUUCUCCUUUCUCCAUCGGCAAAGUUCGUCUCGAACUGGAUAUACUGUUCUGCAACAUGCGUGUUGAACGCAGAAGCGGGCGCGACUACGGAAGACGAAGAGGAAGGGGAAGAGAUGGCAAGGGUGUGGAGUGGGGAAGAGGAAAAUUCACCUCAAAAUCGUUGUCUCGCGUGUGUUCAACGUCACUCAAUAUGGAGGCCAUCAGCAGAACCGCGAUAACGUUCAAAACACGAACGCGGAUAUCCUCUAUACUGCUAUGUAAUAUAUCAUCCUGGACACUGGUUUUGAUAUUAUAGGUUCGGG